CCAGAAUGCUCUAAAGGAUUCAAAUUACGAAGACAGUAAUUUCCAACCUGGGAAAUACGCUCCUUUGGGGUUGAGGUUCAUCUAAUAAAGUUACAUGGGCAGAAACACAUGAGGAGGAAUGGAAAAAAUAACAAAAACAAAAUCGAUAAUCUACCUGAUGACAUCUUUUCCAACAUGCCGCAUCUUACAGAUGUAUACUUAAAGGACAAUAAAAUAAAAACGUUCUCAUCACCUGUUUGGGAGGGAGUGUUUGACCACCUGCAAGCUGUGUACUUAGACGAUAACCCAAUCGUAUGCGACUGCAAAGUUAAAUGGUAUACAACGAAAAGCAGAAGUGUUCGAGUAACUGGAACAUGCGAGACACCAGAGACUAUGAAAGGAUGGAGACUGAUACAGCUGUCCGAAGGAGAUUUUCAUUAUUGUUCAAAACGAUGAAAAUAGUGAACGGAAAGCUGACAUUAUAAUUUGAAAAUAGAGACUUUUGAAAGAGACAUUUAAUAAUUAUUUAAAAACAUUCGAAAUUAAUUAUACUUUAAGAAUAAAAAAUAA